CAGAAAUUCUCAAGAAAAGAAAGCCAACAGAGCAAGCAAGCAAGAGCCUUCUUCAAAAUCGCUGUGUCUUCUGAAACCAUUUGUGAUUUGGUCUUCUGUGCUUACUAUACGAUUCUUAUUGUGAAAUUUUUGCCUUUCUUUGUUCCGUCUUCUGUGUGUAUUUUUUUGGCUGUGUUUCUUUUUUGCCGUCAGCCAGUACUUUUAGACAAGUUAUACGAAGGGGCGUCCCAUAUAUUGUUCUUGAACCAGAGACCGAACUCCACAUACAUCAUCAAAAAUGCCAUCUACAGUUAUACUACCAGAAGAGCCAGCACCGGAAUCACUAUCACCUCAGGGGAACUCACAGGCGACUCACAGACGUCGUUCUUCCUCUAUAAUCUCCAUAACACACGUUAGUGAGGAGACCUUUGAGGAGAAGAUUGAUCAAGAGACUGAACCAAACUUGAACGCCAACUGGGUUGGGUCUAAAGGUGCAUGGGUGAUCCACAUUGUUAUAAUCAUAUUCCUCAAGAUCUUCUAUAACUUGGUUCCAGGAGUGACGAAUGAGAUCAGUUGGUCUUUGACCAAUGCGACGUACGUUAUUGGCUCAUACAUUAUGUUCCACCUAGUUAAGGGUAUCCCAUUUGAGUUCAACUCUGGUGCAUAUGAUAACCUUACAAUGUGGGAACAGUUGGAUGAGGGUGAUUUCUACACGCCAAGCAAAAAAUUCCUUGUUGGAGUGCCAAUUUGGUUAUUCCUCAUGACUACACACUACAGCCACUACGACCUUCAACUGUUCAUCAUCAACUUGCUGAUCUGCCUUGUUGGUGUGGUACCAAAACUACCAGUGUUUGACCGUUUAAGAAUAUCCCUGUUCUAGAAUGCAACUAGCUUCACAGAACAACACAAGCGUGUUCGCCUCUCUAUCCCCUUUUUAUGUGUGUUUCUCUUUUUUUUUUCUUUUAUUUUUAUAUCUAUACACACACUUAUAUACAGCAUACCGGAUGAACUCAGUCAAUCAAUCUCAAAAGAAAUAAACGAAAUUUCUAAGUGAACUCUACGACAUUUGUGUACACUCAUUCAUAAAUGUAUAAACUUAUCUAGCAGCAUAUAUAUUUAUCUCAUCCAUAAAGUCUCAUCUUGACCCUCUCC